AUGGGUUCACUAGGAGUUGGACACAUAUUCCAAAACGUCCUGAAACCCACUCUUCGUUUGCCUUUAAGUGAUCUGGCAUUCGUCUCUACUUUGCCGGAGCACUACCUUCCUGAUUUAGUGCGAGAAAAUAUUGGUCGCGUGAAAUGGGAUGAGCUUCGGAGAAAUGGUGAUGGUGCACUUGAAGAUGAUGUGUCUGCAUUCAUACCGGCGUGGAAGAAGACCCUCAAGCUCCUUAAAAUUCUUCUACCUCAUGUCGGACUGAACAUUCUUCUGCUGUCUUACAUCACAAUGGGAGCAAUAAUGUUUAUUUGGCUUGAAGCAGAUCACGAGCUGCAAAAUCGAAAGGUGAACGAUCCUAAUUUUCCUUCAAUUUUGUUACAUCCAUGCAGGAAACCUUUCGUUUUCUAUCAACAUGUGCUAUUUUGUGCUUCUUGUGAUACUUUUGUAAAACAAUUUGUGAUCAUUCUUAUACCUCUAGUGAGUGCACUGAAAAGUUCUGUCACCCAGUCUGCCUCCAUGAGUGGAAGUUGGGCACGUCAACCCACUCACCACCCGUUUGAGGCUUAUAGACCCACUCAUUUUCAAGGUGCUGUGCCAAUAGGUAUAAUUUGUUAUCUCAGUUAUCACGGUCUAAAAAUGGCGGAAUGUGGAUUCAAUGAACAGACCAAAGGGGAAGUCAUGAUGUGA